UUGUCAAUUUGUUCCGUUUUCGCGAAAAAAAAAAUUACACAUGAAAACAAAAAAUUGAUUGGGGUUCACCUAUUUAGAAUUUAUUUACUCUUUACACCUCAUAGCAGACACUUUAAGAUAAUGGGAUAAAAUUAUUAAACAAAUUUGAACCAACAGCUUAUGUCUACAAGGCCUUUUUCCAGCUAAACCCUAAAGCCUAGUAGUUAGAAGACUUGGUUUAACAAAAUGAAUGAUAAAAAAGAGAAUUCUGGUUUCACCAGCUAUCUAGGAGAACCAGAACUGGAGAGCAUAACAUUAGAUGAUUUUCAAAGAACAAAGUUUCUUGAUGGAGAAACAAUUGUAUGCGAAGCUCAGCAAGUUUUAAUGUAUACUCCUCUAACUGAUCCAGCUAAAGCAAUAAGAGGUGUUUUGACAGUAACCACUUUUAAGCUUUCUUUUGCUUCGGCUGAGGACUCAGAGUCAGCAAAUUGCUAUCAGCAGAAUAAUCUUUUAGGGGUAAAUGAUGUUUGUUUAUCUAUGAUUGACUGUAUAUACCAAGUGGGAGAAAGAACAAGAAAGAAACUAGUACCUGGUCAAAAUGUUAGUGGGAAAAUAAAAGAACUUCUUAUAGUUUGUAAAAACAUGAAAUACCUAGAAUUCAGCUUUAAGUUUAGUGAUAAAGACAGUGGAAAAGGAAUAGCAAAUGCUUUGUUACACCAUGUUUAUCCAAAGUUACACACACUUUUGUUUGCUUAUGACUGCAGGGAGCCAUACAUCAAUAAUACUAUUAUGAAAGAAGUCAAGUUUUUUGUUCAAAAACAUGACUGGGAAAAAGAACUGCAAAGAACAAAUUGCCCAGGUUGGAGACUAAGUCAUGUAAAUUUUAAUUACCAAGUGGCUCCGCAAUUAAUAGAAACUAUAAUUGUACCACAAUCUGUUAAAGAUAUUGUUUUAAGAGAAGCAAUGGAAAAGUUUAAUAGAAGAUUUUGUCCUGUAUGGGUAUGGGGAACUGUAAAUGGGGCAGCAUUAGUGCGGAUGGCAAAUUUGCUACCAACAAUAGUUGAUAAUACAGAAGAGAACAAAUUACUGGAACACAUAAGAAAGAGUCACCCUAAGAAAAAGCAACCCCAAAUAUUUGAUCUCUCUAAUCCGAGCCCUAAAGAUAUUUAUACUAGUUAUUUAAAAUUAAGAGACCUGUGUACACCUGAAAGUCCUAGAGUGUUUAAGAAUCAAGACUGGAAGUUUUAUGGCUUGUUGGACUCUACAAAAUGGUUAAGCCAUGUAUCAACAUGCUUAACCAAAGCUCAUGAAGCGGCAAAACAGAUUCAUUGGAACAAUUGUACAAUAGUUUUACAAGAAGGACAUGGACAGGAUUUAAAUUGUGUUGUUUCUAGUCUUACUCAAAUCAUUCUUGACUCAUUCUUUAGGACGAAAUUCGGAUUUCAAUCGUUAAUUCAAAAAGACUGGGUAGCUAUGGGUCACCCAUUUGCAAAUAGAUUAGGUCAUUUAAUAAGUAAGGACAUAGAACAAUCGCCAGUGUUUUUGUUAUUCUUGGACUGUGUAUGGCAGCUUUUGCAGCAGUAUCCCACUGCUUUUCAAAUUAAUGAGACUUACCUUACUACUUUGUGGGAUUCUGCUCAUAUAACUAUAUUUGACACUUUUUUGUUUAACUGCCAACGUGAGAGAUUUAUGGCGAGUAUGGGCGAUGGUAAUUCGCACGUGCCUGUUACAUUACGAAGUGUUUGGGAUUGGCGGGAACAAUUCAGCGAAAAAGAUACUGCGUUAUUCUGCAACCCACUUUAUGAUGACAGUUUUGUGCAAGUAUUGCAACCGAACACGGGGUUGUCGAACUUAGACGUGUGGAGUCAGUGUUAUUUCAGGUGGUUAAGCGAUUUAGAGAUUCCAAAAGGGGGAAAACCGCAGAUUGAUUUGUAUGCCAGGUACUUGGUCCAAGAAAUCCUUCAAAUCCAAUGCAAAAUGACAGAUAAAAACGGAAUAAUAUCUGAAAAAAUUAACAAAAACAAAGAAGAAUAUUUGGACCUAAUUAAGAAAGUCAAUAGCUUUUUUCCUUUUAGUCAUAAUAGCGCGUCUGUAAGUAAUCCUAUUAAUCAUGCAAUUUUUUCAGAAGUCACUUUGGAUUCUCAAUCCAUCCUUAAUCUAAAUAUGGAAUAAAUUAGGUAAAUGCUAUUUUAUUCUUUUCAAUAGUGAUAAUGUAUUAUAUAUAUUUUUGCAAUUGCUACGAGUAACGAAUUUAGCUUUAAAUGAGCCCAGUGUUUUUAUAAUUAUAUAAGUUUAAAUAUGUAGGUUUAUUCUAUAUUUUUGUUGUGUCUGUUUCAACAAAAUUAAUAAGUUAAGUCAGAAAUCAAUCUUCAUUUCUAUUACAUUUCAAAACGAAGUUUAGGCAAUAACAGUUGUUAUAUUUACAUAUUUCUGUAAACCAAAUUUUUGACCAGUAUAUUCUUGCUAUGAUGCUAAAGCUAAUUUUAAGAAGCUAAGCUUAGAAACGAAAAAUAAAUGAAAAUCUGCGCCUAAAUUAAAGUAAGCUUUGAUUUUUUUUUAAUAUACAAAUUUUGCAGCAUCACAAGUAUAAAUUAGUAUUUAUAGACUUUUAUAGAAAUAUUUUUCAGUUACAUUUAAAAACAUUACCAUAAAUAAAUUUUCAAUUUUUUUUGAGAUUAAAAUAUAAUUUGAUUGUGCCAUAAUACUAAGAAAAUACUUGCGAUCCAUGGCAACUUAAAGUCUUCCUUGUAGUAGUGCAGUCAAAUCAGAUGAUGAUAUGGAUAUUUUGAAAAUAAAAAUGUUUUUCUUAAUAAUUUAUUCUUAUUGGUCCUAUAAAUAAAAGCAAAACAUGAAUGUCCUAUUUCCCUUAGCUUGACUCUUUUAUAAGAUCUUAACGAAAGUUGUGGGGAACUAUAUUAGACUCUUGUGGGAUUACUUACCAAAUUAAAGUUAUUCACCAAAGAAAAUUCUAAUUUGACUGAGCUAUUAAAAUUCUUCCAUUUUUAAUAACACUGCAGGUUUCUUUCUAUAAAAGUAUUGAAUUUAGUAAAUUAUUUAAAUAAUUUUCUAAAUAGAACAUGAAGUUCAUGAUGUUUAUUUUUUAUAGGCACUUUCUUAAAAACAGACAAUUAUAAUAAUUUAAAGUCAACAUUAUUAUUGAAUUUUUUAAAUAAUACUGUUUACGUUAAUGUUUAACAAAUUUAAUUAGGAUAACUAUUUUGAGAAGGCUGUGUGGCUUUUUUUCUGUUAUUUGGGAUUAGCUAUUAUUUAGAUUUUUCAAAGAAUCGAUGGUAGUUUUUAAUUUUUAUUAAUUUUUAUCUUAAAUUUAUAAAAAUUUUCAUUUUCGGCUAGAACACUAAAUAUAAAUUAAAUAUAGGGUUCUAAAGGUCGCCCCUAAAGAUCAUUUUUUCCUUUAACAUACUCAGGGUAAUUUAUUAUUUUUCGUUCAAUAAUCAUCUGGUGUCCAGUUGGGACAAAUUAGUUCAAUUAAUAGACAUGUGAUUCCAAUCAAAAGCCAUUUUUAUUUAAUUUGAUUUCUAUUAAGUGAUGGAGUGUAAGUAAUUUUUCCUAUUAUUCAAAUGCAAAGAAAUACACGAAAAUUAAUUAACUUAUUGCUCUUUUAAAUUUUCAUCUUGACUUAUCAAUAAAUGGUAUAAAUUCACAUUCCUUGAAUUAUAAAAAUAUUAAAUAACUACAGUUCUACUGACAUUGAUAAUAAAUGAAACCCUUACAAGUGUAAGGUUAAAAAAAAAUUUCAGGAGCGUAAUUCCUCUAAGCAGUACCUAUAAAUUUAAAGUUAAAUAACCAAUUUUUCUUCUUUUUACUUUAAAGAACGAGAUUUUUAUUAUAUAUUAGAAUGUAUUUUUUAUUUACAGUAUAUUAUUACAUGAUACAAUGGUAUAUACAAAGAUAAUAAUAAUUUCUAAAAGAAGUGUCCUUCAUUGAUAGCUUUUUUGUUAUUAGUAAAAGUUCACAUUUUUUUGCAAUCUAGGAUAUUUUUUAUGCCAUUUAUAAAAGAUUGAUGAUAAUUUGUUUUUUACUAAUAACAAAGUUCGAAUGGUGGACAUUUAGUUCGGUAAACCCAUUUAUAUUAUUUUGUGACUAAUAUAGAUUACCUAGGACUAAUUUAAUUUUUUUCUUUUUGGGUUUUGUGCCUCAUACGAUUCAUUUUAAUUAUGUGUUCAAACUAUACAGGGUAAUGAUUGACAAAAAAUUGUAACCUAUUAAUAAAUUUAAAAAAAAACUUAAUUAAUAUAAAUAGCAACUGCCAACGAUAUAAAUAAUGAACGGCCGUUUAUACUAAUCAGAUUAAUGGCGUGCUUAACUUCAAAAAGUAUAUAGUUACUUAUAUUGUUGUCAAUUGUUUAAAUAUUUAUAUAAUUUGGCAGCUGUAGAUUAAUAGUAGUUUUGUGUGAGCAAGCCCUGUAUAAAAAUAAAUAAAGUACCUAUCCCGAACAACUAGAAUAUAAGUACCUAAUGUACAGGCUGAUAUAUCAUGUUAUUAUUUAUGUGUUAACAAAACCAAAUAUGUAAUAUUUAUGUUGUAUUAAUAAUUUAUUUCUAUUAAUUUUUUUUUGUGAAUAUAGGAUAAGGUUCAUGAAACUGUAAAAUAUAAUAUUGAUUUUCA